AGCGGCCACUCUGAGUCACCCGGCCGCGCGGAGGUCCGCAGUGCUCGAGCCGACGCGUUUCUCGUUUUAACGAACUUUUAAAUGAAAACACUGAGGGAUUAUUACCGGAAAUAAGCGGUUCACCAAACGAAAUGGACUCCAAACACCAAAGUGUCGUGAUGGAGCGGCUCGUCAGCGAGCUGGGCUCUCUGCUGAAGCUGCUGGAUCACGAGACGGUCAGUCCUGCCACUACCGACAAGAUGGCCUCCAUCCGGAACAUUCUGGACUCCAUGCAGCUGUCAGUCAAUGGUUCAGACGUCUACAUAAACAGCUGUCUCUAUGGCAACGGCACCAGUUUCGUGGAGUCUCUGUUUGAGGAUUUCGACUGUGAUCUGCACAUGCUCAGUGCUUCUCCAGAAGAGCACAAGGAGCACACAGAGGAAGAGGAGACGCCUCAACUCAGUAAAUCCACACCGAAUGACACGCCCCCUCCUCUGCCAACCACCCCGCUCCCCGACGACUACUACGAAGAGGCCGUUCCUCUAGAUCCUGGAUCCGCGCCUCAGUACUUUACCACCAACAUGAACACUUCUAGGAACUCCGUGGAGGACGCCUACUAUGAAGACGCCGACGAUAACUACCCCAUCACCAGGAUUAAUGGGCCGCCCAAAAACUCCUACAACGACUCUGAUGCUCUGAGCAGCUCAUACGAGUCCUACGAAGAAGAAGAGGACGAGGAGGCCAAGGGACGACAACAGGCCGAGGAGAGUCCGGAAGAACCAGUAAAAGACUGCCGCAUCUGUGCCUUCCUACUGCGAAAGAAACGCUUUGGCCAAUGGGCCAAACAAUUAGUCGUUGUCAGAGACCAAAAACUGCAGUGCUAUAAGAGCAUCAAAGAGAGCACACCGCACACAGAGCUUCCUCUGAAUCUGUGCAACGUCAUAUACGUCCCCAAGGAAGGCCGGAAAAAGAGACAUGAACUGCGCUUCUCGUUGCCUGGAGGCGAAGUUCUGGUCCUGGCUGUUCAGAGUAAAGAGCAGGCCCAGCGGUGGCUCAAGGUGGUGCAAGAUGUUGGAAGCCAAUGCAGCAACACCGAAGGAUCCACCUCUCCGAUCAUACAGAGGAAGUUGGAGCUUGACAAGGUGCUGCAGUGCGACCGGCAGGCAUCGGACUCUGACAGCGGGCCGACAGCAGAGAACCAGUCCACUGCACUGGGACCGGGACGGGACACCAGUGACUCACUCAGCCGGGGGAAGCGCGGAACGUUCUCUGAGCUGACGGGGUCGAUGAGCAGAGCGGCUGGGAAGAAGAUCAACCGGAUCAUCACUUUCUCCAAACGGAAACCUCCUUUACCAGGAGAGCCGUCCUCGGCCCCUGGUCACCACGACAACCCGCGCUGUGGUUUCCUCAGUGUGUGUCUGAGCGGCUCGUGGAAGGAGCACUGGUGUGUGGUGCGAGGAGGAAACCUGUACAUGCAGAAGGAGCCCGGGGACCGGCGGCCACCGGUCAUCGUGGUGCCCCUCAAAGGAGCAGAGGUGGCGACAGGCGGCCUCGGCCCCAAACACCCCUUCUCCUUCUGCAUCCUGCAGGAGGGCAGUGAACUGGCAUCUUUAGAGGCGACCUGCUCAGAGGAUCUGGGCCGCUGGCUGGGCGUCUUGUUUGCAGAGACCGGCAGCGCCACGCUGCCUGAAGAGCUGCACUACGACUACAUCGACGUGGACACGCUCACUGACAUCCGGCACGCCGCAAGACACUCCUUCCUCUGGGCCACAACCACUGCGACUUCCUCCUGCAGCGCCUCGACAGACUCCAGAACAUAUGACGAGGUCUAUGAAAGUGUGGAGGCAGAUGUGGAGAGCAGAGCUGGCCAGGUGAGGCGUCAUGCCUCCUUCUCCAGCCGGGACUCUGAAAAAACGGAACAACAGGCAGCGGUCAAGAGACACGCCUCCAAUGUAAAUCCGUACGCACGGUAUGGCAAGACGCGCGCAGAGGAGGACGCCAGGCGCUACCUGAGUCAGAAGGAGGGGCUGGAGAAGCAAAAGGAAGAGCUCCGACAUGCACUGAUUUCCCUCCGCAUGGAGAAGAAGGAGGUGAAGGAGGAGAUGAAGAGUGCUGCAGGUCAGAAACGCAUUGUACACACAGCUAUGUUUACGCCUCUGCUUCGUAACACUACAAAUGUGUGUGUGUGUGUGUGUGUGUGUGUGUGUGUGCACGUCUGUUUGUGUCAUCUGUGUGGGUGAGGGGCUAGGAAAGGUCGUUUUUGCUGGGCGACUUCCCCCCGCCGUUAAGCAGGGCCGAAGCGCUGCGGCUCUUGGUCGGCGUGCCGCUGCCUGACCGCGACAGCUCAGUCAGGUCGUGGAGGGAGGGCUCCCUGUACAUGGCCACUGCAAGACACAG